GUAAGAGUACGAAGAAUUCAAAUUAUAAACAAAUUAACAAGAAUCCCGAGGACGCAAAUAUGCUGAAAGAAAAGAAAAGAAAAAGGUCGAGGUCGAGAUCUAAUGAAAGGAGGAGGAGUGAGGAUACGAGGUUUCGAAAUAUGCAAGCGCAAUUGGAUCACCUCACUAGCCUUGUUGUCGAGUUGACGCGGAGCAUGGCAACGCGUGAACCCACGCCGCCAAAACAAAAAAAUGACCAAGAUUCCCUCCCAGAUAAACAGAAGGACGGGGAGAAUGAAAAUAUGAUGGAAAGUGCCACCGAAACUCCCAACGAGCAAAACCUCUCGCCUGAAACCAACAAGGUAUCAGAGGAAGGGGAGAUCGAUGAGCUCGAGAUUCGCGAACGAGCUGCAAGGAAAGAAAAUUUUCUGGACUUGCUGGGCGACGACCCAACAGCCUCAAAAGAAAUCAAGAUUGCGUUCGACGCAGACUUACAGACAAGGUGGAAGAAAUGGAUGGAAGAUGGGUGUCCAGAGGAAACCAAGAGAAAGACUCUUGAAAAAUAUCCGAGAAAAGCAGAACUGCACACGGAGGCUCCAAUGAUAAAUCCAGAAAUCGUUACCACGAUGACGGAUAUAGGGAAAAAACGUGACCAACAUUUCGAGUACACGCAAAACUGUGUAGGCUCGGGUAUUUCUGCCAUUGGGGGAGCGAUCUCCAUGAUUCUUAACCCACCGGAAGACGGGGUUGACGAGCAAUUGCUCCUCGAGUACCUCUGUGAUGCAGGAAAGCUAUUCACCGACGUGCAUCACCAGCAAACGGUGGCGAGAAAGUCCUUUAUCACGCCAAUGCUAAACGAGUCAAUGAAACCGAUAAUCGACGCAGCAAAAUCGGAUGUAUGGCUGUACGGCGAAAAAUUCGCUGAGCGGUUAAAGGAGGCAAAAACCGUUGAAAGAGCGUGCGCCGAUCUCAAAUCGGCGGAAAAACCAUCGGACAAGAAUAAGACAAGGACCCAGGGAAACUGGAAGCACCCACCUGCGAACUAUCGUCAGGUGGGGGGAACUCGAAAACGACCAUCAAUGAAGUUCAAGCAGAAACCGUACACGGGAAGACCGCAGCCCCGACCGUCGUCACGAACAUCGUCACAAACGAGGAGGAAAUAAAAUCGGAAGAAGACUCAUCCUCUAGCUGCGAGGCUGUCGCUGGAGGCAGCAAACAUAUCCGGAAAGCUUUUCAGAAAAGAGGACUAGAUGCCCGGGCUGUGGAGGUGAU